AUGUUCCAAAGAAACUACAAUGCGAACUCGAAGGUUAUUCCAUCGCACUUUGCACCUGAAUAUUACGUUAGCCAGCCAACGUACCUGAACCAUUUUCCUAUUGUAGAGCAGACACAUCCAGAUUUGUAUAUCAACUCGAAUGCCUUGUUUUGCCAAGACGCCAUAUCUACAUCAUUAGCUGAAAAACUUUUAGAGCUGGUGUCAACUCCUCAGCCGCCGAUGAGUCAACUUGUCGAGUACCUUGAUCCUUUACUGCUACUGCACGAAGAAUUAAGCUGCAUGUCCAAGGGACUAACCAAUAUGAAGGUCCGAUGUACUCGUGAUACUAACACAUUUUACAAUACAGAGAAGCUACGGCAUGUUGGGAAAACUGCUUUUGAAUUCGGUAUUAUCAAUCGUCUUAAAAUAUUCAAAACUUUGAAAUAUUUAUCAAAUUCUAGCUUUGAGAUAAGCUCUGAAGUUUCAUCAGCAACAAGCAAAUCUUUGAUUAGAGAAUUCAUGAAGCUAAACGGGCUUGUCAAUUGCGUUUCUGUCAACAGAGAGUUUUUGGUGAAUGAGCAAUUGAGUAAAGAGUUAUUUGAGUUGAAAAAGCAAAGAGUAUUUGAUGCCACUACUGUGGGAUGUUUCUAUACUAUGGUCGGUAUUGUCUGCGCUAAUCACAGAGAGAGUUUCUUUCAUUUUAUGGAUAAGAUAAUUAGUGGCAAACGGGGUAUCAUAGAUAUCUUGAGACGAAAGAAUGCAUAA